AACUUAUAACUUAUCGAAAGGUUUUUUGGUUAAAGUCAUGGCAUCCCAAUUACUUCGGUUAGGAUUUGGCAUUAGUAGAUCAUUUUCUACAUCUUCAUCAUGUAUGAACAUCAGAGUUCAUUUACCUGGCUCCGUGGUUACCACUAUUGCCUCCCACAAGCUUGAAAAAGAUAAGACAAGUCGAAAAGACAGAAAAGUUGAGGUCGAAGACACAAAAACUCAGGCGGUCCAACUCCGGAUCACAGAUGCCACUGCGCAUGAUGUUUCCGUGGUAACAGGAGCUCCGGAAGAGCACGCUGUAACCCGUAAAGUGAGGAUCUUCCGCCCUGCAAAGAACGCCAUGCAGUCCGGAAACGUAAACACCAAGAAAUGGAAAGUGGAACCAGAAACUCGUGAGCGGUGGGAAAACCCAACGAUGGGUUGGUCAUCUUCUGCUGAUCCUCUUUCCAAUAUCUCCAUGGCUCUCUCCUUCAACUCCAAAGAUGAUGCAAUCAGCUUUGUCGAGAGGCAAGGUUGGAGUUGGUUUGUAGACGAAGCAAAGGAGAAGAAAAUGCAGCCAAAGUCGUAUGCUGCGAACUUUUCCUGGGACAAACGCACCCGAAGAGCCAUGAAAUAAUUUUGUUGUUAUUUUCUCUUUGACUAUAAAAAUCUUUAUUGUUUGGAAUAUUUAAUGCUUUUCUUUUACUGGUUGAGACAGAAUUUACUUUACAAGUUAGCAGAAAUCCUAAUAUUUGAUUUUCCCCGAAAUAUUGGUUCUAAAUUGUUGAUUUUUAUUCAUUGGUCAAAUUGUAAAUUUAGCUCACUGAUAUUCACUACCACAAAUUUUCAUUGUAUCAACUGUAUUAG